GCCCUGCAGCCUCCCAGCGCCUGGCUCCUGCAGGGCACAGAGGAGGGGCGGCACCCCUUUUUUGCAGUUUGGUAGUGGGGUGCCUCCGGUGAGACACCUCCCCUGAGCAGCUUUUGUGGCACCCUAGAGGGCAGCUUUCUGUUGCCCUGCUUUGCCAGACGUCCUUGGGGACCCACGUCUAGAAGCCAUCUCCCGCCUCUGCCUCCGCCAUGGACUCCAGAGCCAUCAUCAUUGACCACGGGUCUGGCUUUCUGAAGGCCGGCCUGUCCGGCUGGAACGAGCCCCAGCUGGUGGUGCCGAGCAUCGUGAACUACGUCCCGUGCAGGGAGAACCCCGGGCCCAGCUACGCCCGGAGGCGCGUGGGCCUGGGCAUCGACCUCCGCCACCCCGACACCUUCAGCUACCCCGUACAGCGCGGCCGCGUGCUCAACUGGGAGGGCGUGGAGCACAUGUGGUCCUUUGUGAUGGAGAGGCACAGGCGGGAGCACAGCGACUGCGGCGUCAUCAUCACGGAGUCCCCCCUGAGGGAGCCCAUAGACCGGAAGAAGACGCUGGAGAUCAUGUUCGAGUUGCUGGAUGUGCCCUCCAUCCUCCUGGCCGACCAGCUGGAGAUGUCCCUGUACGCCAACGGCCUGCUGUCCGGCGUGGUGCUGGACUCCGGCUACGGCCUGACCCGCGUGCAGCCUUUCCACAUGGGCCGCCCGCUGCCCGACUGCGGCAAGACGCUGGAGUUCGCCGGCCAGGACCUGUCCGACUUUCUCUUCAAGAGCAUCUUCAAGAAAGACUGCAAUCAGCACGACCCGUUUCAGCUGGACACGGUGGCCGUGACUCAGACGAGCAAGUGCUACGUGCCCCAGAGCCUGGGGGAGGCCCUGGACUUCAGCCCGAGCCACUCGGAUGCGGGCAACACCUACCUGCUCCCAGACGGCACCCCCAUGGAGCUGGCCCCCCUGGAGCGGCUGGCGCCCGAGGCCUUCUUCAGCCCGCAGGUGUUCGACCUGCCGGGGCCCAGCAUCCCGCAGGUCGUCAUCGACUCCAUCAAGUCCACCCAGACCUCGCUGCGCCCACAGCUCUUGUCCCACAUUGUCGCCUGCGGGGGCAACACCCUCUACCCCGGCUUCACCACCCGCCUGUACCAGGAGCUGAUGGCCAGCGAUUUCUCCUCCUUUGAGGUCACCAUUUGGGCGAGCUCCAACAGAAACUUCAGCGUCUGGCUCGGAGCGUCCGUGUUGGCUCACCUGUCCACGUACAGGUCUGAGUGGCUGACCAAGGAGGAAUAUGAUGAGAGUCUAAGGCCGUGACCUGCGGCUCCCUCCUGGGAAUGGGCUCCAGCCAGCUGGCCCCGGGCGGAUGAAUUUUAGCAACGUGCUCUGGGCAGCAGUGGAACGGGAGGGGGGAGGGGCGGAGUCGGCUGGAAUCUGAGGUCUUGAGGGAGUUUUUUAGGUUUUUAGAUUUUAUCCUUUUUCAAGAGUGGGAUCCAACUCGAGGGAGGAUGGGAUGUCAUGCCUGGACACUCUACGGGGGACAGUUUUUCCAGGGUGGUCCGUCACUGGGGUGGGAGUGGCCCUCUGCCAUCUCCAUGCCUGACAGCCACUUAUUUUCCCCUGGUGCCUCCCUUGCAUUGUCCCAUUCUUCUUGAUCAAGUAGGUUUUAACUGGGGUAACCCUUCUGCUGGGAGCCCUAAUUAAUUUUGA